AUGACCCCCUCAACUGGUGACUUGGGCGCAGAAAUGGGGAGGGAGGGCUCAGACCGUCGCCACAGUUUCUCACCUAUUCGAUGUGAUUCCCAUUCUCAAGACAUUUCCCAAGCCAUGUCUGGCCAGCUCGGACCAUUGGUAGCUCAGGGAAAGUCUGAAGGUCUUGGCAAUUGCAGCAAUCCCACAAAAUGUCCUACUGAAACCACGGCUUGGGUGCACCAUGAAAAUGAUACCUUCGGGCAAUCAUAG